AUGCUGUCACAAAGACUAGUCACUACUUUAUUAGUGCUUCUGCUGGGAUGUGCCGGCCUUGUGUCGGCUAGAACGGCCGCCGGAAGGGGGUGCACUCAUUCUCUGCAAUGCGGACGUGGCUCGUUCUGUCAGGAAGGAGCGUGUCGGAAGGACACGUGCUCCAAUGAUUUGCAGUGUGAAGAGGUACGGUCGGUCAAUCACUUUUUCUCAAAGUUUCCUCGUUCAGGGCGAAGAAUGCCGUCCCGGAAAUGUGAAUGGCCGGCAGAAGUCGGGUUGCUUCCUUGCUCACGCAGCCAAGUCCAUUUCAGGCGGUACUUCAGGUACUUAACCCCUAUGCAAACCAUUUUCAAUUCUUUAGUUCCAGAAGACUUUUGUCCCGGCGGCGGCGCCCUCGUCCUUUCCCCAACUGGAACCCUGACUGUCUGCGAUUUGACUGAAGACUGCCCUUCCACACACGUCUGCAAUCCAAUUCAUGGCGUUUGUUGUACAAGUAAGGCUUCUAAAAACAUCUAUUUUAACUGCUUCAUAAAAUUAAAGAGCUUCCAACAUGUCCGAAAACCAAGAAAACAAUGGUGAACUUCAUCACCGGAAAGCCAAUAAUGUGCCAGUUCAAGCAAGGCCGAGUCAUGCCGUGCCCGGAGAACGGCUUCUGCGAGACCACCACAGGCUUCUGUUGUGUGCCCGGAGUCGAGUACCCCGUCGCCACUCCACCCCCGGCCAUCGUUGAAAACGAGCGUCCGUGGCGCGGACAAACGUGCUCUCCGCGCACCGGAUGCUCGGGCGGAGCCGCCUGCAUUUGCGGGACACGUGGCAAUUGCAUGUGUGAGUGUGCCACCGACUUCGGAUACACUCCGGCUGCGGACGGAAAGACGUGUCAGCGGGUGAGAAGACGGCUGAAGGAGAAGUGCAAAACGGAUAUGGAGUGCUCGGCGGCGUUCUCGGAGUGCUCAUCGGGCGGAUGUCGGUGCAAGAGGGGAUUCAAGAGAAACGGAGACGGCGGCUGUGAGCCCAUCGGUGAGUGUUCGAGAAGUGGAACGGAUUAGCGAGAGAAAGGGCAGAAAGAUAAAAGGGAAAAUCAUAUCAGGAAAGUCAUAUUAUCCAAUCAGAGCUCGUUGUGUACUACCUCAGUUUUAAUCUUCCAGAGUACCGAUGUGUGAAUAAAGUGGCUCCAUUGAAACGAGACGAUAAAUUGGUCACUUGCUCUCUAAAAAACACACUUCUCACCAGUGUUUCCAGUUUCCGAAGCCUUAAGAAGUCUGGAAACUCUAGUGAUAUCAACGAUGAAGAGUUCGAAAGACUCAUGAAAGGAGUCGAAAACAUCACUCUUUCUGACUUUGGAAACGAAAGGGACGACUGUCCGGAAGAGCAUUACUGUGUGCCCGUGUUUGAUGAUGCCAACAAACCAGGAUACUACCAAGGCUUCUGCUGUCCUUCCCCGUCGGAAAUCCGUCCCACGUGUCCUGUUGGCGAGCCGCACGAGUCGAGCACUGCUCCGGAUUACGGUUGCAGCAGGUGCCCCGUCGAUUACUAUUGCCACAGAGACUCCAUUUCCACGGAUAAAACAGUGAGCAUCUUCUAUUUUCUCCCUUUUUGAAUGGCUUCAUAAUUACAGAUCUGUUGUCCAAAACCUUGCGUUUCCCUCGAGGAUAUCUACCACGCGGGCCAGUGCCAUUCGAUGGCUUACUACGGGGACAGCUGUCAUCUCUCUGCCCAAUGUGUCUAUUCGAAGAGUCCGGACGUCGCCGAAGAGUACGCGGAAGUAUCUAAAAUGGAAUGCGUGCGGAGCAUUUGCUCGUGCCCGGCAGGAUUCAGUUACGCGGACGGACAGUGCAAACGGAUCAUGUGCUCGAUCGGAUUAAAAGGAGAGCCGUCCAUCGACAAGUCGGGCCAGUUGAUCAGAUGCGAGAGAUCUAGCGACUGCAGCAUGGGACACAUGUGCGAUCCGAACACUCAUGUGUGCUGCAAAGGAACGAACAGUGAGUAAUCCGAUCUGAAAUGAUAGCAUUAUAACUUUUGUUUGUCCAGGAUGUCCGAAAGAUUACGUGGAGACCGGAGAACUUUGCACUGAUGACAACUGUCGUGGACUCAACGAAAUCUGCCACCGGACCAAGAACGGAAAAGCCAAAAUCUGUUGCACCUACGAUGACGUGGCAAUGAUGUCCCUGCAGGACAGCGGGAAGAACGGAACGUCAUCCGUCGUCUAG